AUGCGCAGAAAACUACCCGUGCCAUGGCGCACUAACCGCAGCAAUGUCUGUCGUUUUCCCGGCACGUACCACGCCACUGCGUACCGACUCUGCCGGACCCUGACGGAGAUCGAGCACCGCGACGACGGCGCCUUCAAGCGCUACCUGCCAGGACCCAAGACGGGUGGCUUCGUGCGUGGCAGCUUCAUCGCAUGGCGUCGCCACGAACGGGUUCGAGACAUCGAAGUUGUGAAGGAUUCCAUCCGAGAGCUCUAUGACUUUGAAGAGGUCGUGGGGGAAGGAGGUUUCGGCAAGGUGUCACGAGCACGGCACCGACGUACCGGGGAGGUGGUGGCCAUUAAGACCAUCUCCAAGUCGAAGCUGGGAGACGAAGAAGCUUUGCAACUCGAGGUGGCCUUCCUAAAGUUGUCGGAUCAUCCCAACACAGUGCGCUAUUACGAGACCUUUGAGGAUGCGACUGACAUCCAUUUGGUCAUGGAGAUGUGCUCGGGUGGUUCUUUGGCGCAGUUGCUCCAAAAUGCGCACGACGACUUUGGGCCUGGUGUGUCAGAAGAUGAGCUGAAACGCAUCAGUUUGCAGAUGCUGCAGGGCAUCGCCUAUUGUCAUGCCCAUUCAGUGGCGCAUCGGGAUAUCAAACCGCAAAAUCUGCUCUUCAGCUGUGGUGCUCCGAAAAAUGGCAGUGCCAUUCCCAUCAGCUGCAGUGGUCAUGGUGAUGCUCCCCUGAAGCUGGUGGAUUUCGGUAUCGCAGGGGUAGUGCGGAAUGAUCGACCCGAGAAACGUUUGCUGACCAAAUGCGCUGGUACCCUUGGGUACAUGGCGCCUGAAGUCUUUGGGAACAAACCCUACGAUGGACGCUCAGCCGACCUCUUCUCCAUCGGUGCAGUAAUGCACCACAUGGUGGUAGGCGUGCCGCCCAGUUGGAAGGCCGCACUGAAUGCCUAUGAGUUCUCAGGGAAGAUGCGAUACAAGCAGUUGUCGGAAGAUUGUCAAUCCCUGCUGGAACACCUGCUACACGAAGCGCCAGAGAUGCGACCAACCGCGGCUGAAGCAUUGCAACAUCCCUGGUUUGAUGCUGAGCACAGCGUGUCAGGAGGUGAGGAUAACAUGGCCUCACUGUUGGAGCGUUGCUUCACCAGGAUGAAUGACUUUUGUCAACGGAGUCCACUGCAAAAGACGAUCAUGUACAGCACCGUGGCUUUUGCUGGGCUUCACAACCAUCACAUGGAGCAGCUGCGUGUGGCGUUUCUCUUUGCGGAUCGCGGAAAUCGGGGAGUUGCGGGUGGCCAAGGCAUCAGUUGCUUCGAAUUCGUGGAGCUGGGACGGAGAUACAGCCGCUUCAAGCCACAAGAGCUCCGGCAAAUCUUCGCUUGCGCCAAUGUCUCGCGGAAUGGGAAGCUCUCCUACUGUGAAUGGCUGGCUGCUUGUGCGCCCGCCAAAUGGUAUGGCGACACAUGCAAUGCAGAGAGAGCCUUCGACACAUUGGACGUGAAACGUAAUGGUUUCGUGGGUGCCUCCGAUCUGUGCCAAUUGCUGCCUCAUGCACUGGACAAGGAAAGUAUCCAGGAAGAGAUCCUGUGUAGCUUCCCCACCGGGGACGGGCGCCUCAGUUUGCAGGUGGAGAUCACCGAGGUGCUGGAGAUGUCUUUGUCACUGGUCAUUGCAUCGGUGCCAGUGGCACUGCCCAUGGUGAUGAAGGUAACCCUAUCCAUUGGAGCCAAGGAGAUGUCCGACGAGGGCGGCAUCGUGACGCAUCUCACAGCGCUGGAAGAGAUCGCCUCGAUGAAGGUCCUGUGCUCCGACAAGACAGGCACUUUGACCACGGCUCAGAUGACGGUGUACUACGACGACACGGCCAAGGCCUACAACGGCUACAGUCGAGAGCAGGUGCUGGAGUUUGCAUCGCUGGCCUCCAACGAAGCCAACAAGGAUGACCCCAUUGACUCCGCGGUCUUGCGGGCCUAUGCCAAGAUGAAAGGUACGAGCAACGUGGAUGAUGCGGUGGACAAGAGGAAGUCAAUCUACUCCCUGGAUAAGGAUGGAUUUAUUGGAUUCAAUCCCAUUGUCAAACGCACCUGUGCUGCUGUCACUGCCAAAGAUGGCACCAAGUGGUUCUGCUCCAAAGGAAUGGUGGAUGUGAUCUUGAAGACCAACCCUGAGGAUGAAGGGAAGCAGUGGACCGUGGAGAAUUAUGAUGCCCCUGGGUGA